AUGGUGAAGCCUUCUCCCGGUCUUUCCGAUAUCGUUCGUCCUCACAAAGCCGGCCGCCCACCCGCCACGAUCGCUAAACACCUCGGCAUCCACCGCAGCGUCGUGUAUCGCACACUCCAACGUUAUCGAGACUUUGGUGGAUCCAAGACCGCCGAAGAAGUGAAAAACCUCGUACUGCUCGCACGCUGUAUGGAUAUUGGUGCUUCGCAUGUGCACAUGAACGAGAAAUGCUGUGGUCCUUUAUGGGAUCAGUUGGGCGAAUGCCUAGCCGAGGUGAUCACCAAAAUCGAAAGCGUUCGUUCCAAACGAGAAUGCACCAAAGCGUGGAUAAUGCUUAUCAGCUACGUGGUUGAUGGAAUGAAAUGCGGAUAUAUGGAUGAGUGGAAGCGAAAAACGAACAAUCGGCUAACAAAUGGGUGUCCGACAUCGAGAGAUGAUGUAGUCGAAAGCCGCUAG